AUGUUACGUUUUUUAUACACAAUAUUUCUUUUAUUUGUUUCAUCAACAUUAUCAUCACGUUUAAAAUAUCGUGCAACAGUUAAAGAAAAUGUUAACUUAUAUCAUACAAUAACGUCACUCGAUAAAAUGUUAUCUGUUAAUUAUCAUCAAUCUAUUGAAUUUUUAAAUUUAAAUUCUCCGUAUACAACUUAUUUUCUUGUUGAUGGACAAAAAUUACGCACAAGUCGUUUAAUUGAUCGUGAAGAAUUUUGUCGAAUUAAAUUAUGUGAAAAUUCUAUAUGUCAUCCAUGUGAAAUUGAAAUGGAUUUUGUUUUAAAAGAAAAUGGUCAACCACGUGAUAUUAUUUCAUUAAUAUUAACUGUAGAAGAUAUUAAUGAAUUUCGACCACAGUUUUUGGAUGUAUCAUCAAACGGUCAAACUAUUCAACUAAACAUUAGUGAAGGCGUGCCUGUUGGACACGUGCUACCCAUUCCAAGUGCUACCGACAAAGAUGGUGAAGAUGAUGAACUUAUUUAUUGGCUUGAAAAAACAGCUAAAAUUCCAUUUGAACUUGUUUCAUUUGGUUCAAAUCAAAUUGCUUUAAAUGUAACUGAACCCUUAGAUCGUGAAAUACGUGAUUUUUAUGAACUUAAACUAACAGCUAGUGAUCGUGGAAAUUUAACAUCAACUAUACCUAUUCAUAUAUCUAUAAGUGAUAUUAAUGAUAAUGUUCCAGGAUUUGAUCAACAAUAUCCUUAUACAAUAAAUAUAUCUGAAAAUACUUCACCAUCUUUAACUAAAUCACUUAUUCGUAUACAUGCCAUUGAUAAUGAUUCAAAUGAAAAUGGUCAUAUAACAUAUCAUUUUAGUUCGCAAGUAUCUGAAUUAAUUCGUCAAACAUUUCAAUUAAAUUCUGAAACAGGAGAAUUAUUUCUUCUACAAUCACUUGAUUAUGAACAAUAUAAAGAAUAUCGUAUACAAGUAACAGCACAAGAUUCUGGUCCUGUAUCAGUUCCUGUUUAUACAACAAUUAUUGUUAAUGUUGAAGAUGAAAAUGAUAAUAUUCCAAUAAUGAAUAUACGUGUAUCAGAAUAUUUUUAUUUAAUUAAUGAUACAUUAUAUAUAAGUGAAGAAACACCAUUAAAUACAUUAUUAAUGCAUAUUAUUGUACAAGAUUUUGAUUCUAAUUUAAAUGGUAAAGUUCAAUGUUGGAUUGAACCAUUAGAACCAAAAUUUAAUAUAACAAAUACAAUUAAUAAUAUGUUUGCUGUUUAUACUGAACAAUUAUUUGAUCGUGAACAACAAUCAAAUUAUUCUAUACGUUUAAUUAUAGAAGAUAAUGGUUUAAAAAAUCGUCAUCGAACUAUACGUGAACUUCAAUUAAUUAUAACUGAUAUAAAUGAUUCUCCACCAAUAUUUACUCAAACAUUUUAUAAUAUAACAAUUGAAGAAGAAAAAGAAUAUAAACAAUCUAUAAUACAAAUACAUGCAAAUGAUGCAGAUUUAAAUGAAAAUAGUCAAAUAUCAUAUGAAUUAAUUACAAAUGAAUAUAAAGAUUUAUUUAAUUUAAAUGAAAAAACAGGUGAAUUAUUUUUAGAAUAUAAACUUGAUAGAGAAACUAAAUCUUUAUACAAUUUAACAAUACGUGCAUAUGAUCAUGGGAAACAUCCAUCAUCAUUAUCAACUGAUGUUUUUGUUUAUAUAUAUGUAUUAGAUAAAAAUGAAUAUAAACCUGAAUUUGAACAAAAAAAAUAUACAUUUUAUAAUAUUAAUGAAAAUAUUCCAAUAAAUUCAUCGAUUGGUUUUGUUAAAGCUAUUGAUAAUGAUAAUAAUUUAAUAACUUAUUCAAUAUUAUCAUCAGAUUUAAUCAUUGAUUCUUUAACAGGUGAAAUAUUUAUACGUAAACAACUUGAUUAUGAUACAAGUCCAUGUAUAAAUGCUCAAGUUAUAGCAAAAGAUCAUGAUAAUUUAAAUUCUACAUGUCAAAUUGAAAUUUGUCUUAAACCAAUAAAUGAACAUUCACCUGAACUACAUCCAGAAUCUCGUCUUAUUUAUAUAAAUAUUGAUAAUACAAGUUUAAUACAUUUAAAUGCAAAUGAUCGUGAUCGUUCACCAUCAAGUUUUCUAUCAUUUCAAUAUGGACAAGUAUCAAAAUGUAAUUUAACAUUUUUACAUUUAUCAUCAAAUGGAACAAUUUAUUUAAAUAAAAAAGAACAAUGUACAGGUAUUAUUGAUCUUAUUAUAAUCAUUAGUGAUAAUGAUCAAUAUCCAUCAGCUAAAAUAACUAAUCAAACAAUACGUUUUAUACUUUAUUCAAAUUUAAUACCACUUAAACAAGUUCUUGCACAAACUUCAAUGUCAAAAUUUUCAUAUAAAAAAUUUCAAAAUUUUUCUUUACAAACAUUAACAAUGGAAAUGAUUAUUAUUUUUAUUAUUAUUCUAAUAUUAAUAUUUAUUUUAUUUAUUGUUUGUUUAAUAACUUGUAUUACAUAUCGAAAAAGAAAAGUAUCGAAACAUUUAUCGAAUCCGAAUAAAUUACUUGUUAAACAAUCACCAUCACCAUUAAUAAAUUCAUCACAAAAACGCCUUACACUUCUCACUUCAUCAUCAUCACGAGAAAGUAAAGAUCGUAUCUGUUUCACGGAGAAUCAUUGUUUACUCAAUGAUGGCAGUCUUGCCAAUGACAUAAGUGCUAAUAGUCCCUAUACAAAAUUACAACAAUCAAUAAAAACAAAUGGAAAUAGUGAUACAAGUUCAUCGUAUAAUGAUUCGUGCUAUGGAUCUUCUGAAAUGGAUGUAUGUCAUCAUCAUCAGUCACUAGGAAAUAAAUUAGUCAAACCAGACAUAGCUAAAGCAACACCAAUGACGGAAACAACGGGCAAAAUUCUCUUGUCAUCUAAUGAAAAUUAUAUCAUUCUAUGUAAAGAUAGUAGUACGAGUAGUGAUGAGGCAAACUCAUCAACCUCAUCAUCAUCAUCAUCACCAACUUCUAAUAAUAGCAGUCUAAUAACAACAUGUCAACCAAAUAAGCGUACAGGGACAACACAGCAAUAUCGUACACAAUUAAAAUCAACAUUAGAUCAAUCAAAUAAAAAAAUAGAUUUUUUUCAAAAUGAUGAUGAAUAUCGAAAAGUACUUGGUUCAAAAACAUCAUUUAAUUAUCGAAAUAUUACACCACUUAACGAAUAUUAUCUAUAG